GCGGAGGGCUCGUCGUCGUCGGGGCCGGAGAGCCUGAGGUUGACGGCGACGGCGACGGCGACGGACGCCAAGGCGGCGCCGGCGCUGUGCAAGGACUACAGCCACACGCUGCUCCGGUCGGAGUGCCUGGAGGUGCUGGGCCUGGUGGACCUGGACUCGCUGCGGAGGCGGCCGCGGCUCACCGUGGGGGUGACGGUGAAGGCCUCCGUGGUGCUCCCGGUGCUGGUGGUCCUCGCCGUCCUCUACCUCGCGGACAUGGCCAAGGGGGACGUCGACUGGACGGACCACCUCGACGACGUUGAGGACGUGGCCGGGGACUAGUUAGCAGUUAGCACAGGGGUGUGAUUGUCCCUGUCGGCUGUCGCUCACAAUGAACUGCAUCAGGCAGCUCCGCAUUCAGAUAUCCGCUUCUCCUUUCUAUUCUUUCCAUUUCUUUUAGAACAACUAACAAGUGUACAUACUUAAGCAGGUUUUACGGUUAUGUUGAAAAUGUAAAUUUGCUUUAUAUUAGUAUAUACUCCCUUUUUGUUUCGUUUGUGAAUAUAUAGUACUAUAUAUAGUUGUUCUGAAUACGGACAAUGUUUCUUUAAUAUAGUAAUGUGCAACUUUGACCAUA